ACGAGAUAAACAGAAACAACGUGCGCGGCUUUUUCCGUCUCUGUCUGGCGCGCGUCCUGCGUCCGGGGGCGGGCCGCGGCGCGAUGGAGAUGGUUAUUUUUUUAAUCUAGUCAAUGAAGGGACGGCUCGGGGCGGAUCGAGGCCCAGGCGCAGGACUACGCAGUCGGCUGCAGUCCGCCAGCGAUUCUCAUGUCGGGAACGUCCGGAGCCGCGAAUACUUCGCCGGAAAAUGAACUAUGAAUCUUGUGACACAUCUUUGCCAAUCAAACGCGAGCAGGAUCUCGAGUACGAAGAUGAGGAAUAUUUCGGGUACGCGCCGGUGGGGGUAGAGCGGCACGCUGAAGCGCCCGCUUUUGCACCUUCCUCGCCGACACUCCUGAUGGACCUCAGCAACGGCCACGAGCAACCAGUGCCGCCGCAGUGGCAGACGAACGGCACCUUCGAGUGUCAAGACCGGGAUUAUAAACCACAGCUGUACUCGUCAUACGAACAACAGUACCAACGACAAGCUCCUAGAAGUUUCUAUUUCGACGAUUCAAACUCGCAGGACAAAAUAAGAAACUACUACGAAAACAACGAACUACCGAAAUUAGUUGAUGCGUACCAGUCGUCAGAGGACCGAAGUUCUGAAAAUGAGGAACAAAAGCGUUCGAGGAAGCGUUCUAAGUCUUCGCGGAAGAAGGCGCAGUCGUUUGAAGAGUUACACAUUCAGCGAGUGAUGGCUAACGUGCGGGAAAGACAGCGGACGCAGAGUCUGAACGAUGCGUUCGCGAGUUUAAGACAAAUCAUACCAUCUCUGCCGAGCGACAAGCUUUCGAAGAUACAAACGCUCCAGCUGGCGACGCAGUACAUUGAGUUUUUGUACCAAAUCCUGUCGAACGGCGAGGCGGGUUCGAAUAGCGAGGGCAGCAGUGACGCGGGGAGCGAACACGGUAAGUAUUUGGCGCAGGACAAGCUGAGCUACGCUUUCUCCGUCUGGAGGAUGGAAGGCGAGUGGACGACUAAUGGUCAAACGUGAUAUCUUACUAGGUAUCGCAGUCGUUCUUUGUGAUAUUGAAGAGUAAUUAAAGACUAUUGUAGAUAAAAAUUGAAAUUAAGCCUAAAGAAACUUCCCAAUUGACAUAAGGCGCUAUAACUAAGGCAUUUUAGCACCAAACAGUGACAUAAGCCUACUAUAAGGCUUAUAAAUGCUAUAAACAUUUUAAAAGAGUGGUUUAGUUUUAUAAGAUAAAAGAGAAUUUCGGCCCUAUAAAUUGGCUCUUUAAACGUUUACUGAAUCCUCAAAUGAAUAUAUUUAAUUUUUUUAAGAGAAAACUUUCAAGAAUAUAAAACAUGCAAUUAUAGUACUAUUUAAUACUGUAGACAAUCUUUGUGACACUUUAAUAUAUCACUUAUCUCUAAAAGUUCGUCAGUAUCACUAUUGUGGUACUAGUACUAUAACAGUAUCGAAAACUCUAUUAUAAAACAAAUUUGCACCACAAAAGUUCCUUAAGCUUUAAAAGCUCCCUAAACAUCGUUAUUCGGUAUAGUUCUUUUUUAGCACCAAAGUGUUUCCUAGUGCAUUUCGACAUAAUUUAUACAUACUUUAAUUAGUCCCAUAAAUGAGUUUGUAUUACUGUUAUAAUAUCUACUAAUAUGUAACAUUAAAAACUCAUAAAUCUACAUAUAUGACUUAUUAAAAUGUUAUUAUUAAUAUUUCAAUUUCAUAUAAGUCAAUUAGUCUGUAUUUCUUUUCUAAGUUUAGUUAGUUGUAAAUUUGACGUUGUUAAAUAAAAUGCUGCAGUGCAGUAUGUUACCGCUUCUUCUACACUAACCCUUUCGAAGCGUCAACCAAUGUUGUGAUUUUGUUUCACAACAUUAGUUGACGUCAAAGAUUUGACAAUUAUUAAGUGAUAUAGAAGUGUCCCAUAAUAAUGAAUAAAAGUUUAGAAGUUGAAUUUGUCAUGGUAGCACAUUAGCAGCACGGCUGGAGCCAAUGUUUACUAGAGCAGCCAUUGGCAAGAUAAGUUUUUAUUUCAAUAUUAAAAAAAUAAUUAAAUCAGGAAAGUUAUGAGGGCGCAUUGUCAAAUUUGAAAUCAGUAUAUUGACUUUAACGAUACAAUUAUUUUCGCAAGUAUAAAUUACUGUAGAUUCAAAAGUGUCCAUCAAAGUAUUAAAUAUGUGUGUGUAUUACACAUGACGUUCAUCAACAAUGGCUAUAGCGACAUAAUUAUUUUAAAUUUUUUUAUGAAUACUACGACACAACACGCACCUACGAAAUAGAAAACAACAUAUUUAUACUAUAAACGCUGCAAAUUGUACCUUCAUUCACUCACUUCAUUCAUACAAUCACCGUGACCUGGUAUGUAAUUUUUUAAAGAAUAAAUCAUAAUACUGGGGCCUUUUUUAAACGUUUAUAACAUUAAUAUAAUAAUGCUAAUCAUGACUACUAUUUAAGCAAGUUCCAAAACGCUCUCAGAUGUUUUAUAGCACCAAAAUUUGUUACUUGGGUUGUUUCUACCAACUAUGGAGUUACAUUCACCUUCACGUAUCACGUUUUUUUAUUAGUGUAUGAAAAGACACUUAUUCCAUUACAUAUAUAAAAUAAUACAUUAUGUUGAUAUAAAUAAAUGUGAUAGUUAAUUAAGUAGAUUUAAUUAAAAUUCGUAACUACUGUAUAGAUCAGAUAAUGUUAAUCUAUUGUUACGAUUAUUUGUUUCUACGAGAUGCUAUAUUUGAAUACAGCUGUAUACCAAAAAAUAUGUACCUAUAUUGAAUCAUAUGAUUAGGUU